GUCACCUCUACUUGUGCAUUGCAGCAUUGCUGACGCAGCUGGUGUUAAUUAUACACGGAACGCCAUUCUUUUCAGUAUCUUCACGGUUCGCAAUUACUAGAUAUUAUCAUCGUAUCUGGCUUAUCCCGUGCCUUGUCUAUGGCUUCUUAAAGAUCCCUGGUUUUUUUUGGAUGGGAUGAUGGGUUCUGUACCUGCAUUAUUUAUGGUUGCUAUCUGUUGCUAACGAGAGAGUCCAUCUCCUUGAGCUAAACGAGUCGUACUGGAUGAGACGCUACGCUGACAACCUCUAACUCCGUGCCCAUCAUGUUUCAAUUAGUAUUCAUUUCUUUCCUCAUCGUAGGUGGCUUUGUCGGCUAUGUGUGGAAGGCAGAGGCCGCCCUCAAGCGACCAUGGACUCCCGACGCUGGCGCCGAGCUAUUCAGCCAACGGCCUCUCCCUCCCUUCAUCGAGGAAUCGAGUAUAACGACCUACACUAUGCCGCUACGGACCCAGGGGCGCGAUAUUGUCGACACCACAGGCCGCCGCUUCAAAUUGUCCAGUGUUAAUUGGUAUGGCGGCAGUGACGAGCUAUUCAUCCCCGGCGGGCUCGAGAUUCAGCACCGCUCCGUUAUUGCCGCCAGCGUCCGGAAACUCGGCUUCAACAGUGUGCGCCUCCCCUAUUCCGAUGAAAUGGUCAUCACAAACCCGUACAUACAGGACCGACACCUAAAAGCGAACCCGGACCUCUUCGGCCAACGUGCCUUGGACAUUUUCGCUGCCGUCGUCGAGGCUUUGACCGACGCCGGCGUCGCCGUCAUUGUCAACAACCACAUCACAACCGCAACCUGGUGUUGCGGUGCAGACCCCUGUGAUGCCGGAUGGGCAAACGACCACCUCGGGCCCCUGUGCCGUAUCUCACAAUCUGAAGAGGACUGGAUACAGCACUGGGAGACUGUCAUGGAGCGCUUCGUUGAUAACCCCUAUGUCAUUGGUGCUGACCUGCGCAACGAGGUGCGCGGUGUCUGGGGCACAAUGCCGUGGAGUCGCUGGGCGACGGCUGCAGAAAAGUGUGGCAACCGACUACUGAAGAUGAACAAAGACUGGCUGAUCAUAGUCGAGGGGACAGAAUCGGGCAACGACCUCUCUGGUGCGCGGACACGCCCAGUGGUGCUCGACGUCCAGAAUCGAGUUGUCUACUCCGCCCAUGUCUACGCUUGGUCCGGCUGGGGAAGUCGAGAAGGGCGGUUUGCUAAGCGCAGCUACGCCUCCUUCAUCCAAGCCAUGCGCAAGAACUGGGCAUACCUUAUCGAGGGCGACGUAGCCCCCGUAUGGGUUGGCGAGUUCGGUGCCCCACGCCACCCAGGCGAGGGUGACGCCAACUACUGGUCGAACUUGCUUCGAUAUCUCAAGCGCAUCGACGCUGACUUCGGAUAUUGGGCUAUCAACCCGCGCAAGCCCCAUGACAAUAUCAAGGAAGGCUACUCCAUCAUCGAGGACGACUGGAUCACCCCCAUCCUAGAUUAUCGUAUGCGCGACAUGACCGAACUCAUAAGGGGUUCUGGCCAUGGAGCGACAGGCGACUUGUGAAAGUUGGCCUCGAGAAGAGCAUGAAAUUCCCAUUUCUGCCAGAGAUACCAGGGCCACGCCCACGAAUAUCUCCUUCGCAUACUCUUUCCUAUACGCAUAUACCCGAGUAAAGCAUUUUUCACGGUUCGGGAACGGACCAUUAGGUUUCUUUGAUUUGGCUAAAUCAUGGGGAUAGGUCGGCGAAGAGUAUUGGGUCCCAAGAUGGCGACUGGAUACCCCCUCCUACAGCGUUUACACAUACCAAUUUGGCAAGUUAAAUAUAGAGCGAAGAUCAGGAAAAUUGCGAUUUUAGGAUAGACGGGUUUUAUCCAAGUGGGGUAUGAUUUUGAGCAUGUCUUACGUAGCGAGGUGAAGGUUUAUGACCUUACAUAUGUAUAUACUACAUUGGGUUCGUCGAUACGCUGUUUUUGAGAAACACUACUAUAGGCUUUUGACAUAAAUUGACAAAUGUACUUUACCUAUAUUUAUAUGGAUCUACCUUAUUGGCAAAAUAUGACUGCGGAUCUUCCGAUUGCUG